AUGGAGAUCGAGUUUCACUUCCAGGCGAUUCUCCUGCCUCCCUCUCAGUCCAUAGCUGUUGACGGCUUCCGGCAGGUCCACAACAUCUCCGUCUUCUUCGCCUCGCCGUCGCUCAUCGUACAAGGCUCCUUCCUCAACCCUGGCGAGCUCGGCUUCACUCCCUCCUCCCUCCUCGGGGAGAGAUCAGGCGAGACUGUAGCUCCAGUAGCUGACGGAGUCUGCGACACUUUCAGCUUCUUCGACUGUCAUGCAGAGAAGGAAUGGGACGAGUGCGUCGCCCUCAGGGAGAGGUGCAGAGGAGAGAACUGA